GGGGAUGAUCUCUCCUUUAUAAGGCGGUUCUGUUUUCUGUCCUGAGGAGGAGGCGUGCUGUCAUAGGCCCAAAGAAAACCGAUUACCGAUUGCAGAUGGACAAAGAGAAUUAAUCAACUCCUACAGUGUGAAAAAGAGGCAUUUUAUUGGGAACACAAGCAUGGAUGCUGGGCUUUCCUUCAUCAUGGCAAACCAUGCAAAAGUAAAACCCAAUGAUCUGGUGUUCGAUCCUUUUGUAGGCACCGGGGGUCUUUUGGUACCAUGUGCCCACUUUGGGGCUUACGUGUGCGGCACUGAGAUUGAUUACAAUACAGUCCAUGGACGGGGUAAAGCCACUCGAAUGAACCAGAAGUGGAGAGGGCCAGAUGAGAACAUAAGGGCCAAUUUACGCCAGUAUGGGUUGGAGAAAUACUAUCUUGAUGUCCUAGUGUCUGAUGCAUCCAAACCCAUCUGGAGAAAAGGGCCGUUGUUUGAUGCAAUCAUUACAGACCCCCCAUAUGGCAUUCGGGAGUCCACUAGAAAGACCGGCACGCAGAAAGAAGUUAUAAAGACAGACCAAUUUCCAGAAAGUCAUGUGCCUGUCCAGCUAACCUACCACUUAAGUGAUAUCUUUUUGGACCUGUUGAACUUUGCGGCUGAGUUUCUAGUUGUAGGAGGGAGGUUGGUCUACUGGCUACCUGUGUACAAGCCAGAAUAUACAGAGGAGGUUGUACCCCGGCACCCGUGCCUGAAACUUAUUAGCAACUGUGAACAGAUGCUUUCCAGCCACACGUCUCGGCGCCUGAUAACAAUGGAAAAGGUGAAAGAGUUUGAGGACAAGGACCAAUAUGCCCAUUUGGAAGAUGGGCAGUAUUCACAGUAUCAAGGUCACAACUCCUUCCGCGAGAAAUAUUUUAGCGGCUUAACAAAGAGAAUUGCAAGAGAAGAGCGAGCCAGGGCUGAAGGGCAGAACUGUUGUGAUUUUGGUGCGCAACAGGGUGUCUGACGUCAAGCGUUUCACGGUAUUUUAAAUACAGUUCAUCUCAUGGUCGCAGCUGAAAUUUCAGUCUUGAAUGGUUAUGAAAAACGUCCACAUCUUAAAGGUGUUGUAAGCCAUCUUCCUUCUUACUUUUCCUAAACAGGUCUCGGGCAAGGUACUUGGGAGCCACACAGUGAGGUUACAUGCUUCACUCCGUUCUGAUGAGGACCCCCAGGAUUGGUGGAAAUAAGCAUGUUUGCUGUAUGUUAUACAUAUGAGUACAGACUGUCGAAAGAAUGGAACAGCGUGGCUGACAUUGUUUGCCAAGGGCUCCUGUUACUUGUCACCUGCUUUUGACCUGGUGUGAGCCAACCACCAUGCAGGGUUAUGAAGGGGUUAAGCUAAUAUCGAACGGUUUCAUAUUCAUUUGGAGGACUGCAAGGUCUCUGGUUUACAUUCUGGUAUUUUAUUGUAUAUAAACCUGCGCUCUGUAUUUAUAGUCUUUUUAAUGGGAAUUAGCACCGCUAAGUGGCCACAGAGCUGGAGCUCACUGGCUGCCGCGUCUGUCUUUCACAGAAGGAAGUUGCAUGUUUGCUUUUCAGUCUCCAACCUCUGGAAUUCGUUCUUCACAUGUAAGGGUGAUGAAGUGUCCCUCAUUAGGGAGAUUGCCUUCAUUUGUUAUUGUUUGUAAUUGAUCCGCAUUAAACGCGCACAAUCUCGCUUUGUCUAGUUACAACAGCGUUGCAUGCAAUGGUCCUUUUGUGGUUUGUUAUUGGUCUGACCCUGGCCAGUUACGUUAAGCCCAGAGGACUCGACUGAGGCUUUGGAAGGCGAUGGCAUUCUGUUGAGCCUGUCCACAUCUGAAGCUCAUCUGUUCUUUUUCAUUUGUUUUUACAUUCCUACAGUCCGGCUCUCUCUUAAGACAACUGAUUUUAUGUUGUUGUUUUUUCUUCCUUUUAUUACUCACAACCUAAAAGACUUUUUUUUGUGGAGCCAUAACAAAUAGGCGUGUGACUCCUCUUGCGUCUGCACUGAGAUGUUCUCGUUUGAAAUUGAAGCUGUGUUUAGACUUUUAUGUUUCUUUAUUUUUGUUGGGUGUAACACUUUGCUGAUUCUACCUUGUCGCCCUUGGGAAGACAACUGUAAAGAUGAAUCACUAAUACAUGUGGUCAGCAAGACCUUUCUCCUUCCACACUCAGGCCGGAGGUGAAAAGGACGUGAAGAACUCCAGCACCAACCGCUAUUGCACCGUGUACUGAUGAUGUAUUCUGUGUAAGCAUGGGGAAAAAGGAAGUAAAUGGCACAUGGAAUGAAGUGUUCCUGGAAACCAGACCGUUCAUCAAAUAACCGGCUAUUUCUUUGUGAGCUGUCUGCUUCGAUAUUUAUCAUUGGACUUUUAUAUGGAUUUUUACAUGGGACUGCCUGGUAUUUCUGUCCAUUUUUAAACUGAAUCUCAUCUCAAAGUUUGAUGUAAAUAAAGUACAUUGCUAUUUGGUUGAA